CUCAGAUUGCAUCAGGAAUCAGGAAAAGUUGAUCAGACUUCAAUUGACUCAAUAAACAUGCAUCAUUCGAUUAAAAUCAAAUAGUAAUAUCAUCCCAAGUCAUUACAGUCAAUCCCUAACACAUAGAACUAGGGUUCUUCAUCCCCAAGUGAGAGAGGGGUUCUACUCCAUAGAGAGAGAGAGAGGAAAACAAGAUACAAAGCAGUCAUACUCAUAACUAUGGGAAGAAUCUGCUCUGGGAUGAUGAUUUCCACUCCUAUGACGAUCUCCAAGCUUGAUUUGAUGAAACCCAGCUCCAAGAUAGCUUCUACGAUGUGUUCUUCGUCCUUUCUCUCUCUAGGGCUCUGUUUUUGCUCAAAAAGUCUGAUUCUUUUACUUGUGGCUCGAAAUUGGCUGAAAAACCAAGAUUUCCCGACUCACACGGGCAGGCCACACGGCCGUGUGGCUCACCCAGUUGCCCGUGUGAGUCAAAACGCGGCGUAUCAAUUAGUUCGAUCUUCAGGCUUCCCACACGGCCAGGGUCGCACGGCCGUGUGGGAUUUCCAUCAUGCCCGUGUUUGCUCUCGGCGAAACUCGCACGGCCACCUUGCUCCUCCACAUGUGUGCCCGUGUGGCCUCCUCGUCGGCUUGCCUCGCGCCCGAUCUUCAUCCAAUCGACCCCAAACUCGCUCCCAACCCUCCAUUCACGUACUAGGACCUGAAAUAUCACAAACAAGCACAACCUAGCGUGAAAUCGACCUAAAACACGAGAAAUCACAUCUCAAACGGUGUAAGAACAGGGGUAAAAACAUGUGUAAUUAACGGUCUAUCAGUUAUCGAUUAUUUUUUAUAGACCUCUAUCCCCUUUGUUAUUGAUUGAAAAUAUAUUAUCCAAUUACAGGUUGAAACAGAAAAGUAUUUAGCUCCAUUUUUGUCAUUACUGCUCCAUUGAACUCUGGAUGACUUAACUCAUAUUGGAAGGCUCCUCUAACAACCACUUCUGCUGAACUUGUUAUUGUUCUUGGAAGCCUCUCUGAUGUCAGUGGAGUUUCCUUUGUUACCGCCCACACUUAACCGAAUUACAUACGAAAUAAAAACCUAUUAACUCAGCACUAUAGAAUAAUAAUCCCCUUAGUCUGAUCAGUUCCCCACCACUUCACAACCGAGAAAUUUUAUGACCAGUUAACCACCACUCAACAUCCUUAGAUUCAUCAAUUAUUUUCACCAUUCCGGAGCACUCAACCUACAGAUGUAAAGAUAACAAGCAUGAGUCAAACCCUUGUACCUGCAAAAUAAACCAACAAAUCUAAGACAAAGCAAGAAUAAGUGACUAGCUGAAUCCAAUUAAGAGAGCUUCCUGAAAUAAGUCAGUAGCAGCAGGACAAACUCUUGCUUCAGCUACGCUUCUCACGCCAAAGGCUCCUGCUAACACUCAGAUUCUUCAGGCUUUUACUCUCGUCCUUCUGAUUAUGCAGAUAAUGAAUUUGUUACCCACUAGAAGAGCCGAGAUCGAAAAAUGCCUCACUAAUGUAACCUACAAUCACUAACUAUUGACAUUGAUAAUUAGGAUGUAACCUGCACUAGUGGAACUUGAUAUUUGGAUUUGGACCUUGAUAUACAAAAAGUCCCACAAACAAUCCAAAUUUAAAUUACAGAAGUUCCUAUUAACUACUGUCGUCAGAGAGCCUUGGUGCUCAAUUCUUAUAAUAAUGCCAACCAGAAAACAGAAGAAGAUAGUUUCAGAUCCAAAAUUGGAGUUAGUUCCAGCUUUACUAUUGCAAUCCAUUAUCCCUUUUUGUCCCCAAUCUGGCAUCCAUGGACACUUGUCAUGUUAAAUACAUUAGAACACAGAGACAACCAAGAUUUUCAAAUCUACCGUCCUAAAACAGCAUACAUCUAAAACCGAAAAUGAUGAGGGAACUUAACCAUAUUCCUUAAGAUCCCAAGCCUCGAACCCUUUCUCAAAAUAGCUUUUUCCCAGUAAAUGCCAAUUGCAUAUUGAUGUCAUGUAGAGUUGGUCAAUCUAUUUCAUCCUCUCAUCUUUUACAGUCACACAAUGUGAAUGCAUAUACAAACCACGAAGAUGCCAAAAUGUAAAUUCCUUGGAUAUCAGCCAUAAGAAGUUAUCGGUAAAGAAGAACAAAAUUCAAAACAAACUACGAACGACAGCAGAUUACCGGACACCAAUGUGGAAGAGUUAACAGCGACCGGGUGAAAGUUGUUCCGGAUCUGACGAAACCAAUAUCGUCGUUGAACCAGCCCGCUACGAAAUCAGAUUCCCCAUCUUCACCAACCUCUUCCACUUCCGUCACCUGGCUUGUCAUCGCUAUCGAUUUCUUCUUAAGACGUCUUGACAGUAGAGAUCCUUCGUCGAUUACCCCUUCCCUCCAAUUCUCGAUUCGCCGUUUUAACCCAACACCUUAAUCUGCGAUUAUAAGAUUAUAAACAUUCACUUAUCUAUCAUAUUGCACGGUGGGAGGAAUGUAUGCGAUGAGGAAGAAAUUGAAUGAUCAAUGGGGUGCAUGUAAUGAAAGGGGUUUUGUUGAUGAUGAACGGUGGAGAGGAUAGGGUCGACAAUCAGGGCGAAGGGAAAAUGUGAAGUGGGGAAAGCCAUGUUCAAAUAAGGGUUUGAUGAUUGUGAAUGGGAGAGAGGAGAGGGUUUGAGAAUCUCGAUGAAGGGAAAAUGUGAACGGGGUGUUUAAAUUAAAGCAUCCAAUUUGGG